AUGCCGCCUAGCACUCGAAAGAGAGGCAAGGCACAAGAAAAACCUGAAGAGGAAACGCCCGCGCCCGAGCCGCCGGCUCCAAGGGUGACCCGUGCCGGCAAGCGCCGAGAUUCGAGCGCCUCUACCACCUCAUCUACCGCACCACCAUCGAAGAAAAGGCAACUUGCCGAUGAAGCCCCGACCGACGUCGUGAAGCCGGAAGAGCCGGAGGCCACCAAAGACGAGCCAAUCACGCCGUGCUCCAGCGAGCCGGCCACCUCUGCCAAGCCUAGUCGACGCAAGAGCGCUAGGUUGCAGAAAGAAGAUAGCCCGAAGCCGCUCGUCGAAGUGUCAACGGUGAAGAAGCCGGGUCGCCCGCGUGGCCGCCCGCGCACUCGCCCCUCCGAGGGCACCCCUAUCCCUGCCGAGCGCAAGCCGAAAGUUGAACCCGGAUCGGACACGGCCCUCGUUGCCUACUCUGAUUCUCAGGAAUCGGCCGAUGAGCGCAAACCGGAGCGGGAAACCGACGAGAAUGCUGGCCCGUCCACAGAGAUGGAUAUUGAUUCAGUCGAAAAAGUCGACGAAACGCCUGACCAACGGGAGGCUGAUGGCCCGGAAGUGAUUGUGAAUGGGGGAAGAGCCGAAGAAGCUCAGCCCGAAUCGAAGGUCACCCCGAAAGAGGAGCCGCUCGAAUCGAUCGAAGAGCCUCCGCUUGAACCUGCCCAACAAACGGUGCUCGCCGCCGUGCACGAGCCCAAAGAAGAGCCCGCGGAGCUGGUGGAACUUCCAGAGGAAGGAGCGCGUCAAGAAGAGCCACCAUUGCCGGACGUUGGCCAAUCGUCGUCAGUCGGCUCGCCGGCGGACAGUGACGACACGAACAACGAGGACAUCAUCCCCAGCGAGACCAGCCCGUCCGACAUGGACCUGACGGACGCGGCUCCGGAUUCCGUGCCGACCGUGGUCGGCGAUUCGGCGAAUGAUGUCAAGCCUUCGGGUUGCAUGCUCGAGAUGACGUUGCCCACCGAGCAGCCGGAGCAGAAUAACGACCAAAUGGAGCAGGAGCAACAUCACGUCGCGGAGGAGAAGGUCGAAAUCGACAAUGAAGCUUCACCGGAAAUCGGCUCCGAGGGAAUUCCUUCCCAUGCCUGCUCCACUGAGCCGACCACUUCGGCGCCAGCUGAUGAAGCCGUUCGCGAGCCCAAGACCGAGCAGUUCGAGGGCACCGAACGGCCCCUAGAUCGCCCGCCGAGCCCGAACUUCAAUAUGGACGACGUCUUUGAGAACGAUGAGAUGGAGAUAUCGGACGGCGAGGGCGAAGAUUUCGAAAUGAGAGAAGAAAAGGCACAAGUUGCUUCGGCACACAACAGCGCCGAGUUUUACGCCACGCAAUUCUUGCAGAUUGCUACGACUGCUCCUCCACCCCCGCCGCCACCUCCCGAGCCCCAGCAAAGCAAGAUGCCCGAGUUUCAGCUGCUGCACCGCAACGACUAUCGGAUCGAUUGCAAAGAUAGAAGCCUCUGCGAUUACUGCACAUGCCGAGAGGGGAACUGCACGCGUCAGUGUAUCAACUGGAAUUCAUUGAUCCAAUGCCCGGACGGAUGCCAAAAUCCUGGAUGCACCAACAACUUCUUUAGAAGGCGCCGAUUCGCCGCCGUGCAGCCGUUCGACGCUGGCGCGAAAGGGUGGGGCGUUCGCGCCGAGGAGACGAUCAAUCCCGGCCAGUUCAUCAUGGAGUACGUGGGAGACGUCAUCGGUGCUGAGACGGUUGAUCGCCGGCUGAGGAAUUACGAAAAGGAGGGAAUCAAGCACCACUACGUCUUCGCUGCUGGCAACGGCGUUUUUAUCGACUCGACGAAAAGGGGCAACAUGAUGCGCUUCGUCAACCACUCGUGCAAUCCGAACGCCGUCGCUAGAGAUUGGUUCUCGGAUGAUAAGCCGGUGAUCGGCUUCUUUGCGACCCGAACGAUCCUGCCCGGCGAAGAAAUUACGUUCAACUACCGCUUCUCCAACAACGGCGAGCCGCAAAAGUGCUAUUGCGGCGCCGACAACUGCCAGGGCAUCAUCGGCAGCACGAGGACCAACAAGAGCCGACAGGCCGCGGGCCAGGACGCGCCCAAUUUCGACGAGGGCAACAGCAGCGACGAAGAGGUGGAUGAUGAUGAGCAUGUGGACGCACGUCGCGCUGAACGCCGUCUCUACCAGAACCAACUGCUCGACCAGCUGAGCACGUCGCGCGUCGCCAGCGAGAUGAUCGACGAUCUCGUCAGUCUGCUGAACAAUCGCAGCGACCCGUGCGAGCUGCGCGUUCGGUCGCGCGUCAUCGAGAUCCUCAAGGAGCAUCAUGGCCUCGGGAACAUCGCCUUCGUCCGCGGCCUCGUCGACGCGGGCGGGCUGCUGAAAUUCGGACAUUGGCUGCGCCGGCGCUACACCAGCAACACUAUCGGCCACCACGUCACCCUGGUCGAGCGCAUCGAGCUGACCACGCAAAUCCUCGAAUUUUUCAACCUGUGCCCGCUGUCCAACUUCCAUACCCAGGUGGCCCCCACCACGCUUGAAGCAACCGUGCACGCCAUCGAGGCUGAGCGCCUCGACGAGAUUCCCGGCGCCGAGGAGUAUGCCGUUGGUGACACACUCGAGAAGAUUUUCGGCGAGCUCUGCCCAGAUGAGGCCCACGUCGAUCGAACGUUGCCCGUGUUACACGAAAAGAUGAUCAUCCAGGCCCAAAAAGUCUCGCGGAAAUGGGCGUUCUACGGCAAGAAAUUCGUGAAAAAGGCGAGGGUCGAGCGCUCGCCAUCGCCCGCGCGGGAGCCCGAAGGAGUCCGGCUGCGCUCCGGUCGUACGGUUGUGGGUGAAGAGGAGCGUCCCGUCCGCGCUCAGCUGCCCUACUCCCGAUAUCAACAACCACCGUCACUCGAGUUCGGCAAGAGCGCGGAGGCGACGCAUUUCGGCCGGCGCAACAUUCACCACCACGCGCGCGACUGGCGCCAGGAUGGCCUCGGAUCGGCAACUACCCCGGGACUUUGCAAGAAUCCACAACUCGAGAAGCCGAGCCCACAGAAUGGCGUCAACUGGACCCAACCGCAGUCGGAUGCCGAACGGCUUCUACAAACGCGCGAAUGCUCCUUCAAAAUAGCCCGCCAAAUGAUCCAGCGCUACGUGCAAUGCUCCAUUGAGCUCGGGCUCUCGAAUGAAGACGCAUUCAACCAAGUCAUCUCCCGUCUGAGCAACGACUCGGACGCGCCACCGAAGCCGGUCAAAGAGCGUCCUCUUGAAGAACCCGCGAAGCGGCGCCCGUCCGAAACGCCGACCUUCGGAUCCCACGACGAACAGUCGAACUCCAGGCCCGAGUCCUCGGGAUCGGCACAAAUGGAGUUGCAAAGACCACCGAGCCGCUCGAAGCCGCUCGACCAGCGCUUGGUGGAGCUGAAGCUCCUUUCGGAGGCCUCGUUCUCCAAGACGGACACCCUGGCCGAGCCGCACAUCGUCGAGAAGCGCCCCUGCACCCCGCCCGAGCCCUGCCCACCCUCGGCCGUCGAGCCGGUGGUGUUCACGUGGAAGGAGAUCAACCUCGGCCAUCAGACCUACUACUUCAACAAGGAGACCUUGGAAACGUCCUGGGAGCCUCCGGUUCCCCGCGAUCAAAUCGACCCGGCCGACGAGCUUUCCAACCAAUUGGCAAAAGAACGACAUCAGGCCCACGAGGCCAAACUGGAAGCCGAAAAGCUGGCAGGUCCCAACGCCGAAGAGGAGAAGCCGGCAGCCGAAAAGCCGAUCGUCGAACUUGCCGCUGUCGUCGAGCCGAAGGAUGUGAAGAAGGAGCCGAAGGAAGAAGUCGAGAUCAAGCCGGAACCGCAUCUCCUCGUGCCCAGACAGAUCGUCGAUAAGAAGCGCCGUUCCUCACUUCCGAGUGACCGCUGCGACGUCACCUCGUCGUGCGCCACCAUCCAAGCAGAGGUCACCGAUGAGGCCAAGAAGAAGUUCCGCUCCAAGAUCAAUGAUGUGGUCCAAAGCUACCUGAAGCAAUUCCGGCACAAGCUCAGCCGCGACAAAAUGCACGAAUAUUCCCGCGACGCUAACAAGGGCUUCCUGAAGCGCCACCUUUUCAAAUAUCCCGGUGACUAUCACUGGAAACAGCAUGUGCACGAGGCUGCCAAGGAGUUCACGAAGCACUACAUCGACCGGCAUGUUACCCCGUACCUCGAGCUCGACGCGAUCUCCUCAACGACCUGCCUGCCCGCCAGCGGCUCUUCU